AUGGCUGAGGGCCAGGACCAUCCAUUUAAACCAAAGAGACCGAAAGAGAGCAGGGAAGGAGAUUCUGGUGACAGAUUGGUAGCACACACAUCUCAGAAUGAUGCCGCAGUACAUGGGCAAAAUAAUCCAUGCAUAGAAAAACAGAUAGGAAAUGGCCAAGUUGGAGAUAGCGGUCAGGCUGAGUAUAAAUCAGAUCAAAGAAAACCAAAAUAUAAUCACAUCAGCCAUGGAAAAACCGGUAAUCCUGAGUCAAAGAAAAAGAAAGGGAAAAAUUACCGGACAGGAAGAAAACAAAUCCAAGGGGAUCGUAGUCAAGCAGAGUUAAAGCAAAGGAAACAUGGCCCUGUGACGUCUGCACGUGGAGAAUGCGGCCCAAGAAUUUCUGGAAGAGGGCAUGGUCUAGCGGAACUUGGACAAAGAAGAGAUACUCGCACUGUACCCGAUUUAGGAAACACACAAAGAAAUUAUUCAGAAGUUGCAAGGCUACUACGGCCACAAUCAACAAAGGUAAAAAACACAUAUAACAAGAUUUUGACUAUACAGUAUGUUACGGUUCAGCUAUUCCGGCCACAAUUAGUAAGUUCGUAGUUCAAGAUUGGUUGAAUUUUAUUUUCAAAAUUUUUUCAAUUCUUGUUAAAUCGUCCCCCAACAAUUUAGUUUAUAAUCAGUAUGUCCUUUGGAACAGGGGGGUGUCUACAGAAAGGGACCAUACUAUAUCGAGUAUGGAGAGAGGGCAGAAUGACAGAUGGUUGUUGGUGCAACAAUGACGUAUGUAGUAGUAGGGGGUCUGGGGGAAUUCUCCUCCAUAAUAGGUUUGUAUUUUUUCAACCAUGUGACUGCAUUUCGUGCGUUUUCUGGAACAGAUUUUUGGAUAUACAGCAGUGCAUUAUACUGUAGAUAGACAAUGAAAAAGAAAAAGAACAACAUCAAUAGCGCUCAAUAGUCUCAGGAUGGAUGGACAAUAAAACUACCAGAAACAUUGCUUUAAAUAAAUAUUAAAAAAUUUGUAUUUUCUUUGAAUAAUAGAAUAUACUGUAUAUGUUAACUUCUUGUUGUACUUAGGUGUUCUCAAAAACGUUCAAAUGCGAAAUUCUCAUUUAAUUAAAAAAUUGAUUGGAACAUUUGUACGACUCUGUUGAGGAAAAAUUUACUUUCUCCUUUAAAUUUUAUCCUGUCACUUAAACGUGCAGAGGGGGAGCAGGGAAUAUAUGUGGAAUGCUGAGGGAGUAAAACGAAAAGAAAACUUUUGGAGGUUUAAAAGUAGUUUGGAUGGGGGAGAGGAAGUUAAACUAAAACAUUCAAAAGGACAGACAGUGUUGUUCAAGUAACGGCUUUCUUGCUCUUAGUAUUAACUAUAAAGUAUAAACCAAGGUGUGAUUCGAAAUUGGCCUACGACCAAAGUUUUUUUCAACCCUAUCGCAUCUUCAUCCCCUUUCUCUAUUGAAGCCAAAACUAGAGGUUAUGCAUCUUGCUACCCGGGACCAGUGUGAACACUUUGCAAGGCAUUUUGACUGCCUUGUUUAACCAAAACGUCUACCAUAAGAUGUUCAACGAAGAAUGAAACAUCUGAUAUUCAAAAAUCAUUUUCAAACGUAGGGUAGGCCUGCUGAAUAUUAAGUGGAUAGAAUUGGCCUACUUCUCGAUAUAUACAACAUAUAAUCUUAUCUUAUAGUGUAAAUAAUUUUACUGCCUUAAAUUUUGGGACAGAGUGUAAAACUCUGUGGGUGUGGAAUUCACAGAAAAGUGAUACUAUAACCUGUUUAAAUCAAAACUAUAUUCAAACGUUUUACUAAGAGAUCUUCUUACCAACGUCCGUGAAAGGUGAACAUGGUGUAAUUUUUUGCACUUUCUGGUAGUCAUGCAUAUUCAAGAGGGGCAAUGCUCUGUUUCAGCACUAACUGCUUUUUACUAGUUGUAAGUACUGUAAAUAGAAAUCAACAAAGUUAUUUAAAUAAAUAAAAUACACCCUAACCUCUAAUUUUUAUUACUUCCCUUUCAUUGCCUAAAAAAUUGUUUAAUACACUAAAUAUCAGGAUUAUUUAAUUUGGGCAUCUCGCUCGAUUGAAAUAAUGUUGAAGAGUUUAGUAGAUGGAAUUUCGUGUGUAAAUUUUGUACAUUUAAUAUUUUGACCUAAAAGGAGAUUGAAUAUUCUCCUUAUAUUCUUCAGGUAGUUGCAUCCCUACCAAUGAAAGUUUGUUAAUACUUUUUGCACUAUCUACACAGGCACAGACAGUUCAAUAAACUAACACUGUCACCUGGCCCUACGCACGUCAUACAUCAUAUGUCAAUAUGGACUUUAAGAGACAUAGUAGUGUACGAAGGGAGUCCAUGCCUUUUCACUACCUUGAUUUUAUAACACGGAUUAACAAGGUUACGAAUUUUAUAUUGCAGGUUGAUUUCUAUCUCUUGAUCAUUGGAGAUUAUUCCGUUGUUCAGACUAACAUCCACCUUGGUCAUGACGAAGUUAUACCACUGGAACUUGUUCAUGGACAUUCUAAUCUGUGGAGAUAUAGCGCAAUGCUACCUGGAAACCCGAUCAAACACCAAUUCAAAUACAAAUACGACACUCGUACCAAAGGACAGGACAUCAAGAUUCCUUUCGUUGGAAUGCGCAACAACGAUCCCACAUGCUGUGUAGAGCUUAGUGAAAGGCGUGUAGAGUCACAAGCUCAGUUUGAUGUAUUUCGUUUUCCAGAAGACAAACAGUAUUUUAGUGAGACUAUCCCCAAGGCUAUAAUCUUUUACCUGAAGUUGUUGUUGCAAGCCGUCCAUUCUUCAAGUAUUUCUGAAACUCUUACCCAGAUCGAAAGUUUGCCCUUCAUUACAUUAAGCGUAAAACAUGUUAAAGAGUGUGUGAAUUGGAUUGUGAACCAUGCUACAGGCUAUUCUGUUUCAGACGUACAGCGACUGUAUUUAUGUAUUACCCUGGGUCACCUGAAAAACUCUUUGUCACCACUGCCGUUUCCAAAAGAUGACAAGACGGCUGAAGCGUGUGAUCGCUUGCUUCGAUGUUUGAACGUCUGCGUUGAUUGCAACUUUCUUUCAACAUCAAGUCUCAAAUGUUUGAAGAAGAUUGCCGUUAUUUUGGUAGAGAACAGUAAUACUCCAGGAUGGCUUACCCUUGCAACACAUUUUUAUCUCUAUCUUGGAAUUGAAUUUGUUAUCGAUACAAAUAAUAGUAGAGGUCUAAACUACAGAUAUGAUGUCAAAGAAUACAAGAAAAUGGCUUGUGCACUCCUUUCACAUAUAAAGAAAAGAAAUGGAAAUGACCAGGCUGCCCACCAAAACUUACUAGAUUUGGUGUUAGACCAUGCUCCAAAUUUGGAAGCUGCCUCAGAGAUAUUUGAAAGUGUCGACUUCUGCUGGUUCUUUACCAAUGAAGAUGAUAAAGUCAAAUUCUAUCAAGGCACAACGCGAGGUACUAGCACACAAAAGAAAAGCGUAGGUGCGAAGUUAAUUGAAUUUUAUAACAUUCUGGAGAAGAUUCAUGGCAGGACGAACAAAUUUCUGUUCUCAACAUUGCUUGAAUACUCCAAGUCAGACGAAGAGUUAAAUGACGAAUACGCAGAGAUAUUUCAAAGAUCAAUCAUUUCUGGAAAAUACCUGGAUAUGAAUCAAGUUCUUGCGGUACUCAUGGAGCUUUCCAAGUCAAAGUCUAUUCUCCGUCAAAAUUUAUUACUUGAAAUUCUAAGUAAGGAGCUGUUUGAGCAACAAUGGCGUACAACGCAACUCGCACGAAAGGUGGAGAUCUGUAAAUCGUGGGUAAUCACCAGAAUGGUCAACAACUCGCGAGCCCGCAGUCUCGGUGGAGCGGAUAAGAUUGCAGCAGUUUAUGGGGCGAUUGAUGCCAUUAUGCAGUGUUCUCUCAAUAUCUCAAAUAAACCUCUUGCUCAAAAUUUGUCUACCUACGCUGCGGAAAGACUUUUGAGGAAUGAAGACGCUAUUUCCUUUCUUCAAACUUUUGUUAGGAUAGAGAAAUGUGUGGCCGUUGUUCAGGAGUGCUACAUAUCCCAUGUAAGGAAGAUAUUGGUACAGGCUCCGAAGGUGGUAAAGAAGUCAAGUAUGUUUCUAAAAGAAUGUUCAAACAGCAGGUACAACGUUUUCAUUUCUAUUUAGUUUUUACUUCAUGGUGUUAAAAAUGUCUUAUAAUUUGAUAAACUAUAUACUGUAAUAAUUAUAUUUGCAUUCAUUCAUGGGCUUGUAGCAUUUCCUUAUAAUGUGUUCAUACAAGAAUUGAAUCGAAGAUUGAAAUUUGAAUGUUGCUAGGAAUCAUAAUAGUAUGAGCUUAAGAGGGCACGACUGUCGCAAAAUAGACGUGCACUGUGAUCUCUGAAAACGUCCAAAUGCAUCAGAGAAGGGUUUGUUUGUCUAUGGUAGAAACGUGACAGCGUGCUUUCGAAAACUCCGGAUAUUUCGCCACUGAUUAAACUGUCAGAAAGCGUUUUUAAAUUUGCUUUCUUUUAAUAGUCUAUAUGCAGAAAUAUAUAUGAUAAACGUUUUUUUAAACUCAGUUCUUGUUUUGCCUUUCUUUGUUUACAGUCUCGGUCAGGAACUCUUGUCUUCUAUUUUGGACAUUGUGGAUGUACCAGAAAUUGCCAAGGAAAGUGUGAUUCAUGAUGAAGACGAUUUCCGAAAAAUUUUAGAUUGGUGCGACAUUUGGGUUCUCUUACUUACAACAACGG